GCAGGUGCUGCAGCGUUUGAUCAGACUCCGGAGCUGGAACUAACGCGGCUCUGCAGCCUAAACAGGACUGUUAUUGAUCUUUAUUACUGAUUGAUUGAGUGAGUGACAUCACAAUGGCGCCGCUGUCCCUCCAGUCAGGAGUGCAAUACGCCAAAGCUCUGCUGCCGGAGACUCUGGUGAGGUCCGUAUCAACCGUCCAGACCAGCAUCUCGCGGCACAUCCUGCCCUCGGCUCAGCCUCGCUCUUUUAAGGUCUGCACCCACAGCCGGAGGCGGCGGCGGGGCUUGGAGGCGUCCUCUCUGGACGAGCUGCUGGAGCAGGCGGUGAGGGUGUUCAUGUUGUCCUGCCACUAUCUGACUCUGGUCCUGGAGGAGGACGGGACUGUGGUGGACUCAGAGGAGUUCUUCCAGUCUCUGCCCAACAACACGCCGCUGAUGGUGCUGGAGAAGGAAGAGAUAUGGACGCAGAACAAGAUCUUCCCGAGCUUCCGUCAGAGUAAGAGGAAUGGAAUUGCUAAACUGACCUUUGACCUCUACAAGCUGCACCCUAAAGACUUCCUGUGCUGCCUCGCCAUCAAGGCCAGUCUGCGCGACAUGUACACGCUGUCCUACGACUUCAGGUGCACCAGGAUAAAAAACGUCCUCAAGUCGGUGCUGCGCUGCCUCACCUGCCUGACCAGACUGGCCGGCCAGCUGCUGCUGCACACAUCCUCAUCGUUACUGCAGCUCACUGCGGAGGACGACUGCUAGUGUCUGUCUGUGUGUCUGUCUGUGUGUCUGCCUGUCUGUGUGUCUGCCUGUCUGUGUGUCUGCCUGCCUGCCUGUGUGUCUGCCUGUCUGCCGGUGUGUCUGCCUGUCUGUGUGUCUGCCUGCC